UGUCUGUGCGGGGGUUGUGUGUGCGGGGUAUCAGCCGGGCCGGGCCCUCUCGUAGCCACCGCCAUGGGGCCGGGCUCUAUGUGCGUGUGACCACCCAGGCUUGUACUCUGGCAGGGGUAGUUGAGCCGUCGGGUUGUGGGUCCGCGUAUGGCUGUGUAGCGGGGGCUGUGUGUUCUCAGACUCGGGUCUGGGGUAUUGUAGAAGACUGUGGGUGCGGGGUUUUGGCCAGGCUAGAACCUAGGGCGUUCUGUCCUCCGAAUAUGGUUGCGAGCCUGUCAGUGUGCUGGGGUGUGUGUGUAUGUGUGUGUGUGUGUGUCUGUAUUUGCGCGCGCGCGUCUGCCCAGGCCGGGGAGGUCCAGGGCACCUCGCGGGGCUUCCUGGUUUAUUCCCGACUAUGGUUUCCUGGGGGACCGAUGGCAGCUCGGAGUGUCGGACGCCCAGUGGAUGGGCAGUACCUUGGUAUUCGUCCUUUUCCGGACAGGGUGGCGGGGGCUCUGGACUUCGGGCUGGGGCGGGGCAGAUUUGACAGAAGGGGACCAGGGCCAGGUAGGAUUGCUUCCCUCCCCUCUCUUGCAGUCCCUUCUACUCUAGGAGGCUGGUGGUCUCUCCACAGCAAACCUUCCCCAGACCAGCAGGACCCCCUCCCGGCCUGGUCUGCCCUUUCCACUCUGCUGGGCUCUGGCCAGCUUACUCCGGCUCGUCAAUUUCAGGGCUUUUGCAUUUCAGGGCUUUUUUUGUCUGCUGGGCUGGAGCUCUGGCCUGGGGUAUCUCUGGUGUAGUGUAAUGCACCAGCCCCACUCAGCCAGAGAAAUCUUUCUCUGCUCUGGCCCACUCACCCUCACCCCAUCCAGCCCCAAGCUUGGCGUCCCCGAUAGCCCGACCGAAAUAUCCGCAUCUGUCUCGGAGGGAGGUCAGGAGAUAGCGGCGUCUAGGAUUGCCUGGCAGAGGCCCCCAAUUCUUUGCCAAUUUGGCGAAGAUUUUCAUUUCCAGAAGAAAACGAAAGCUUGGGAGUGCUUUGGUUUCCACCCUCAUCUUCUCAGUCCUCUCGGGGGACGUGCAGGGAGAUGGGUCCUAGGCCCCUCUCUGGACAGGAACAAAGCGCUUUGUGCGGCGAGAUCUUUCUCCCGGAUUCCUUUUCCGCAGUGAAGGGAGGCUCCGCUUCCUCCUGGGCCGCCUGCUCUGGCUGGAGCCGGGACCAACACCAAGCCGAGAAAGCCGUCUCUGGCGGAGCUUGGAGGCGAUUCUGAGAGAGCCUGAGGCACAGUCAGACGGUCAGAAGGAGAGAGCAGAGUUUUCUUCCCCAGCCUACCCCAUAUUCCGUGUGAAUCCAGAGCCAGAGAGAAUAAGUUCUUUGGAAAAACCCGGAAGAAUUAUCCAGAUAUUUUCUGCAAGGCAGUGCCUACACAGGUGUAGGGAAGGAGAUCCUCUUUAUUAUCCCGAGAUUUUGAUCCAUAGAAAUGCCACCUUUAGGCCUCCAAUAAAAUAAAGACCCUCUUGUCUCUCCGCAGCAGGCUGUCCCCCCUCCCCUUUUUGCCCGAGAUAAUGCGGACAAUGGCUUCCACCAGCCCAACCCUCCACUUCCCACCGUAGGAGAAGACGCCCUUGCCUCCAAGGCGGGGUUCUCCGCGGCGAGAUUCGGGGGAUUCUUUUCGUUUUCGUUUUGGGGAAUUUUCCUAACUGGGGAAGUGGAAGGACGAGGGAGCUAAGGGGAGGCAUCGGGAAAUUGACCUCAGUCUUGUGAGGAAAACGCUCUGCAAAUCUGAAAGCGCUCCAUAAAUGGGAGUUAUUAUUCCUGCCUAAGUCAUCACCUAGGAACGGCGGACAAGAUAAACUCAAAUAAUGAUUUUCAGGCCCACUCUCCCCAAACCAUUGCCCAACUAGACAAGGAACCCUUCCUCGGAUCUCCCGGCGCCCGAAGCGGGUUGGCUUGAUUUCCGGCGAAGACCAGCCUCAAUGCUAGGCUGGUGUCGGACUUCAGUGAAUCGGCAGAGGGUGACUACUUCUUGGCGCCCCCCCCCCCCACGCCAAAGCUAUUCCAGCUUGCCCCUAGUUACAUUGAACGGGCCCUUCUCCGGGAGAAGGACUGGUAAAGAGCAGCCCGGCCUCUGCUAGUGCCAGCUCUGCCAGGACCUUUAGCAAGGACCUCCCCCCUUCUCGUUUUCCCUAUCUGGGGGCUCUCGUUUUCCCUAUCUGCUCCAUGGUCCCUAAACUCCGCCCCAACCUUCCAGGCUUCAGGGGCUACCUCAGGGUUUCCCUGGGCCUCCUCCUAACGGGUACCCCCUGGACAACCUGGGACUGGUCAGACACAGCUCUCGAAGCCGGACACACAAAGAAGGACCCGCCCCUCGGAGGCGGGCUGGGCCAGGGCAGCACAGGGCACUGGUCAGACCCAGCUAGGCCCGCGGCCCCCUGGACCUCCGAGGGCACUGGGACUCCUAGCCUGCUCCGGUCUAGGUUGGGGUGUCACUAGGGUGGGAGGUGCUUCUGUUUCUGAUUGGUGACGGCUGGAAAUUUUUGUGGGGUCCGUGUGCCCAGUUACCCCAAAGGACCCCUCCCAUAUACGCUAGCCCUGGAAGCGGGAUUUUGCUCAAUGGGGCGUGUUUUCUAUAUCCGUCCAGAUCCCUGGGGCUUGGAGGGGGGACACGUGGAUAACCGGCAGAAAGACUGACCCUCUCUCUCUCUCUCUCUCUCUCUCUCUCUCUCUCUCUCUCUCUCUCUCUCUCUCUCUCUCUCUCUCUCUCCCCCCCCAUCUUUCCUGGAACCUCCCGGCCCUCCUUGCCUGGCAGGCCGCGAUGGAGUAGGCCGCUGCCAUUGCCUUCUAGAGAGGGAGGUGGAGACCGAGGACCCCGGCUAGUCCUUUCCCCCUACCGGCCCGCCCCCCGCAGUGGGGAGAGGUGGAGAACCGAUUGCUAGGAUCCUGUCCCUUUAAAUAUGCCCCAGGAUGAUGGAGCGGCAGCCAGCUGAGCUGCCCCCCAGUGACCCCCCGCGGGAUGCAGCCCCGGAGACUAGCAGCGGCGGUAGCGGAGGUGGGGGCGGCUCCGAGCCUGAGCCCGAGUCCGAAUCCCUCAUGGAGACGCAGCGGGCCCCCCCACACCUCCUCCUCCUCAACGGCGUUGCCAAGGAGACCGGCCGUCCGGCCCCCGACCCCCCUGUCAUCGAGUUGGCCCCCCGCCGCGGCCCGGGGGGCGGCGCCCGGGACUUAAAGGGCCGCGACGCAGAGGCGCGCCAGAGGGUGCCCACCACGGAGCUGUGUCGGCCACCCGCCCCCGCCCCGGCCACGGCGCCUGCCCCAGUAGAGCCCCCCAGCGACGGCCGCAUGGUGCAGCUGAGCCCCACCGCGCUCCCGGGACAGGCGGCCGCGGCCGCUGCGGGCAGAGCCAUGCUCUACGGCCUCGGGCAGCCGCUAGCCUCGCUCAGCAGCGGGUUUUUCGGGGAGCCAGACCCCUUCCCGGUGUUUACCAGCAACAAUCGCGUCAAGAGGAGACCCUCGCCCUACGAAGUGGAGAUCAGUGACGGCCCCCAUACCAAGGUUGUCCGGCGCAUCUUCACCAAUAGCCGGGAGCGGUGGAGGCAGCAAAACGUUAAUGGGGCGUUCGCUGAACUCCGAAAACUUAUUCCCACCCAUCCACCAGAUAAGAAGCUGAGCAAAAAUGAGAUACUUCGUCUGGCUAUGAAAUACAUCAACUUCUUAGCCAAACUCCUCAAUGACCAAGAGGAGGAGGGCAGCCAGCGGGGCCGCGUGGCCAAGGACCCCGUGGGGACUGGAGGAGCUGGCAGCGGAGGCGGGACAGGACCUGGGACUGGGCCACCUACCGAUGACCUCCUCCAUGAUGCUCUCUCUCCCAACUCCAGCUGUGGCAGUUCCCUGGAUGGCGCUGCCAGCCCUGACAGCUACACUGAGGAUUCAGAGCCCAAGCAUCCAGCUCGAAGCCUCCACCCUGCCCUAUUGCCUGCCGAUGGCACUGGCCCACGGUGAUGGGCUGUGCCGAAGGGCAGCCCUCCUGUGGCUGGGAUGGUGCAGACUUGGGGUGCAGCAUAGGGACAGUGGAUGGAGCAGGAUGCUGGGAGUGGGGAAAUGGUCAGUCCAGAGGCUAGAAAAAGACUGGCCUGGAAGCAGAGGGGAUGAAUAGGAUGACCUUUCUUGGGCCUGGCUUAUCUGGCUGAACCCUGUACGUCACGUGUCAUGGGAAUUAUGUGUGUAUGGUCAGAAGCUGAAGUGAUGUCUUUGGUGACUCUCUCCCUCCUGGAUCCUUGGACUUUGACCCCUCUGGCCCUGGAGUUGGCAUCUCUAUGGACACAGCAUGGUUGGUAGUGUACAAGGAAGAAGACUCAGCUCUCCCCCACGCUCCUGUACCUCUGUGAACCUCUGGACACCUACCAGCCCCACCCCCACCUGAUCCCCAGAACCAAGUCUAAGGCCCCAGGAACUCCCCCUAUUCCUGUCCUACCCCAUAACACUGAAUCAUGCUUUCAGACUUUGGCCUUUGGGAUGGUCUAAACCCCAGUCACCCAGGCUCCUGGCCUCCAUGACUCUGUACACUAGUGGUCACUUGAGGGCUGGAGGCAUGGUGGGGAGAGUGGAAAGUCAACACUUUCCAGGUGGGAGCUUCUGAGCCCUCCUAUGGAAGGAAAGGUACCCAGUGCUCUGUCCCACUCUGCCCUGGCCCUCCCACCACAGCAGUCUGCAGCUGCUAAGUGAUCACCCCUGGUCCCUCAUUCUCAGAGUUGUGAGCAGCCUCAAUGGCCAGUUGUCAUCAGAAUACUCACAGAUGGCAUAAUCACAAUUUAUGCACAGUCACCAAUGCCUUCCCCAGUGGGGGGCAUGGAUAAUGCAAGACCCCGGAGAAAAAUGCAUUUGCUUGGUUUGGGAAUGAAGCUGAUUGCUCCUCUCGUUCCUGGAUGCUAGCUUUUUGACUGUAGACACUGUAGGAAUUCCAGCAGAUGGUUGAAGGGGCUAUCAAGGGAGCCGAGGACCCUUGACUGAAAGUCAGGAGACCUGGGUUCUUGACUUAACUGUUACUGACUUACUGUGUGGCCUUGGGGAAGUUUCUUCUCCUCUCUAGGCCUCAGCCCCAUCCUCAGAUGGGACUGACUGGGUGGUCUCUCCAAACUCUCACCUUCCCAGAGUCUGCUCCCAGCUCUGCUGCUCACAAGCCCUGUGACCCUGCACAGAUCUCUAAUGGGGGCCUUAGCUUUGGUAGUCUCUAAAGGUCCUUUCAGCUCUGCUCUUCUCCAAUCCCAGGCUUCUGGGCUGACUGGGGAUGAGACCUGGGGAACCUGGUCAUGUAUAAUGGAGUGCUGGACCUGAAGAGUCUGAGUUCUGUGUUCAAUGCCCUUUUAGACACCAAGUUCCUGGGUGUCCUUGAACAGGGAUGAGUACGGAUUGGCCUGGGAAUGGAUGGGGGCUCCCCCGAAUGACCUGAAACCUGGCCUAGGUUGAAGGCAAGACUCCAAGCUCUUCUACUCCUGGGAUACCUACAAACAGCCCUUGAGCCUCUGGCACCUCAAUUUACAUGGUGGUCAUGCUCCUGAGAAAGUCACAUGUAAACUGAAGUUUUAUACAUCGAAUUCUGUUUUGAAGGACUCUUAGGGUGACCCCUUUUGUAAAGUGAAGAAUUCUUUUUGUAAGGUGAAUUAUCACUCUUUAAUUUGUCUCAUGUGUAAGGUUGAAGCAUUGGACAUCAGGUUGGCAUAGAGUGAGGUCUGCCUAUAGCUGUGCUGGAGAAAGAAGCCCCCAGUAUUUAUAAAAAGACUCCAGUCCCCCUUCUGUCUCUCUCACUGGAGGCUUCUUUUUCAGUCAAAUAGAGACCAACUGCUUGGUGCUGUCUGAAAGCCUGGCUAUCCCUCUGCAGCAGGACUAGUGAGGGUCUUUGAACCCUGACCACAUCAUGACACUUUACCUGCUCUCUGACCGCAGGCAUUGAGGUCCAGCUGUGUGUAGGGAGCUGAGCAGAUUACCUGUCCAUGGUCCAGCAGUGGCUGGCUUUGAUGGCACGGGGGCUUUGCCCUGUGCCUGAAGAGAGGCGCCCCCUUUUGGGGGGGCAGGUAGCAAUAGCCUGACUUGGUAGGGGGCACUGAGGGUUUCUCAGUGUUUCUGUACCUACUCUCCUCUGAGCUCCCUGGACCCACUUCCCAUGACUCACCUUGAUCAUUUCCAUUUUACAACUUUCAAGGUUUGCUUGAUCCUUUGCUAUCAAAUAGUCUCCAUUUUACAGAUGAAGAAACAGAGGUGAAAUUAUUUGUCUAUGGUCAAUUGGAAGGUAGAAACACAGCCCCUGCCUCUCCUGGGGCUCCCAUUUUCUAUGCCUUGUAUUUAAUACCUUAUACGCACCUUCCUGGUGGGCUCCUAUUUUCAAACACAAAGCUGCUAUGGAAACCAGGAGAGAUCUAGAGAGUAGCUUGGGGCUUGGUGCCCAGUUUCAACAUGACAGGUUGACCAGCAAAAUGGGAGUGGGGGACACCUGGACUUCCCAGUGAGAGCAGGAGAGCUUUGUCCUUGGUAAACUGGAACCAUGUGGAUAGCUGGAUAUAGACCAAGGCUGUGAACCUGGGUUCUAGUCCAUACUUCCCUUCUGAGUUGCUGUGUGACUUUUGGCAGGGUGCUUCUCCCUUCUGGGCCUCAGUUCUCCCAUGUGACAAAUGGGGCAGGAUCAGAAUCCCAGCUCUCUCCCUGGGUAGUCAUGAGGCUCAUUGGAGGCUAUGUAUGUGAAAAGCUAUGGGGAAGAUUAAAGAUAAGGAAGAGGGGGGUGUUACUAUGAGCAUCCCUCCUGAAAGUGGUUUUUUCCCACCCCAGACAAAUACCCAUUGGCUUUUGCUAUAGCUCAAGCUCUCUGGGCAACAGUGAACUCUCUCCUGCUCUCCACACAUGUACAUUAUCCAGAUAAUUUAGCCCUGAACUAGUUCUGUCACUCUCUGGAUAAUUGAGGCCAUCAGGUGUUGGUCAACAGAUACACUCUGGUCAACAGAACACCUUCGUUCUUUUAGGCUGAGGUGCGUGUCUGUGUGUGGGGAGGGGAGCAGGAAGGGAAAAGGGGUUGUCAGAGAAUGAGUCAGGCUUAGGGGAGAGCAUGGGAAUAGAUCUACCACAGGAUCAACCCAACUUGAUCCAGUGUGGGAAGGUGGCCAAGGCUUUAGCAGAGACUCAAAAAUCAUUUGGUUUUUCCUUUCCCCUAAAAGAAAUAAGAAAAUUUUAAGACUAGGACUAAAACAAAUAGGAGAACAAUUCAGUUCCAUUCAACAAGCAUUCAUUAAGCACCUGCUGUAUGUCUGGCACUGUGUCAGCUGCUGGGAACACAGACAGAAACAGAAACAACAAACCAGUGCCUGCCCUCAAGGAGCUUAAAUUCUAUUGGGGGAAAAUAGCACCGAAAAUGCAAAAGAAGUCAGCAUAAAUAACAUUCUAAGGAUAAUGGAAAAGAAUGUUAUGAUAGGAAACAUUUUGAGAACAAAGGCCAAUGUGACAAUUUGGGGAAAUUGCCUAUUUUUUCACUCAUAUUCUGUCUUUUUCCAUGUGUAUGUGUGUAGCUGAAAGACAUGAUGGUACAAUCUUCAUAAAUUUCUCCAAACGAGACCAAACCCAGUGGCUGUAGCCUAGCAGCUACAUUUCGUCUCAAGUUUUGGGAGUGGGUCUAGUUGUACUUCUGCUUUCAAUGGUACCUGGCCCCCUGAGAGCCCAGAUUUCCUCUGGUCCCUGCCCUAUGUCUGUGUACGUACGUGGCUCCCCACACUUUCCAGGGGCAGCUCCUUGGGUCCAUGUACUGUAGGGGAUGAUUUUGGCUGGUCUCUGCAAGAGAAUGCUCUUGUAGAGAGGGAGUAAUCACCCUUGGUACCGUUGCCUUGGAGGAUCACCAAGGCGAGCGCUGGGGAGUGCUACUCUGGGAGAGAAAAGGCCUUUUGGUGGUGACGAGUGUGCUUGCACUUGUGUCUGUGUGAGUGUGUGUGUGUGUGUGUGUGUGUGUGUGUGUGCAUGUGUGUGCGCACGUGUGUGUGUGCACAUGCAAGCAUAUGUAUAUGAGGAAUAUAUUGGGGAAUAAGAUUUCUAAAUAAAAGUUUUACAG